AAUCACAAAUCCUUUCUUCAACUCUUACACUCUUCAAUCUUUCAACCUUCCAAGAUGUACGCUCUCGCCAUCAUUGUUGCCGCCCUUGGCCUGGCCACCGCCUCCCCUGCCUCCGACUUCUCGCCUCGCCAGGUCGCUGCUGUUGCCUCCGUCGACCGUUAUGCUGGUGGUGGCUGCACUGGAACUAUUUGCAACAAGGCUGGCUCGGGCGAUCUCCACGCCGGAUGCAAUGCCAUCACCGACGCUUGCCAAGCGAGCUUGAAGCUCAACUACGCCAACGUUGGUUGCAAAGUGGCUAUCUGGACAGAUGCCACAUGCACCAGUGUGAAUCAGUUCGCCAAUGUCACCAGGCCUGGAGACUGCUACGCUCUUGGCCCGGCUAUCAAGGGCAUCUCCGUCACUUGCUAGAGUACUUCAACUAAGAGACAACGCUGUGCGAGAUCGGGCCUUGUUGGUGGGUCUCGAGGAAAAAACGGCUGAGAGCUUUGUACUUGGAGCUAGAGUAGAUUUUGCCGCAAGGCACGGAGAGGCUGCGCGGCUGCUAUCCAACAUUACGG